CCCACAGCUAGCGUCCGAUUGCACCCGGCCGGCCGGUCAGCUCUCCAGCCAAGCCAGCCGCCCCGCUCCCACGUUCUCCUACAAUCCCGGCCCACCACCGCCACGUACAAGUACAGUACGUUACUCCUGAUCCCCCGGCCGCGCUCGCUGGCUCGCUCGCUCUAUAUAAACACCCAUCCCUGCGACCGGCCACUCGCCGAUCCACGCCCAUAUCCCAGUGUAUUUCACAUUGGUAACCGACGACACCGCCAUCUGAGAGAGACAGACAGAGAGACACUCGAUCGAUCGAUCGGGUGCGCGCGCGCGGUGGAUCAGAGGCAGUAGGCACCCAUGGGUCUCCCCCUCGAGCAGCAGCAGUGGCGGGGCCGCGAGGCAGACACCAAGGAUUCGCCGCCGCCGCAGCAGGCGGCGCCGGCAGGGUGCAGGACGCCCGGCGGCGACCAGGCGGCCGCGGACUGCCCGCCGCCCGCGCCCAGGAAGAGGAGGCCCCCCGCGGGGGUCGUCGCGCAGCAGCAGCGCCGCAGGGACUUCUACUCCGGCGCCGACGUCGAGGCCUUCUUCGCCGCCCACAACCUCUAGAUCGCGACCUGCGCCAUGCCACGCACCACCGGAACAAGCAUGGCACGGCCGCUGUUAGUGUUAGAGUUGCAUGCUAGCUGCCGGGCGCGCGCAUAGUCUUCGCUCCCUAUCAACCAAAGCAGCGUGUACCCUGGGUCUGUACAUUAUUAUUGUCUACCGAGUUUUAGACUUUUGCGUCUCUGGUAAUAUUAGUCUGGAAGGAAUAUUUGUCAUCUGCUCUGCUAGCUGCUGCUGCCUGCUCGUGAUCUCACGUGCCAGCACCUAGAGUCUUAGAGUCUUAAUCUAGUUAUCUGCGUUUGUGUUGGACUUGCUUUAAUUUGUAAUGCUUGUGGUGUAAUUUAUUAGCUGCCUUGUCCCAGUAAGCCGCGCACGCUAGUAGCUAGUAGUGUGGCCUAUCUCUCUCAACUAAAUAAAAUUUAAGUUUAUUUA